CCACCCGCUCACUCCAGCUCCUCCUCUCCACAGGGCAUGCCGCCGAUGACUCAGGCGCCCCGCAUCAUGCACCACAUGCCAGGCCAGCCUCCCUACAUGCCGCCCCCUGGCAUGAUCCCACCUCCAGGCCUCGCACCUGGCCAGAUACCACCGGGGGCCAUGCCCCCACAGCAGCUUAUGCCAGGGCAGAUGCCACCUGCUCAGCCUCUUUCAGAAAACCCACCAAAUCACAUCUUGUUCCUCACCAACCUGCCAGAGGAGACCAAUGAGCUCAUGCUGUCCAUGCUUUUCAAUCAGUUCCCUGGCUUCAAGGAAGUCCGGCUGGUCCCAGGGCGGCACGACAUCGCCUUUGUGGAGUUUGACAAUGAGGUUCAGGCAGGGGCGGCUCGAGAUGCCCUCCAGGGCUUUAAGAUCACCCAGAACAACGCCAUGAAGAUCUCCUUUGCCAAGAAGUAGCACCUUUCCCCCAUGCUUGCCCCCACCUCCUGUUUGGGGGCCUUCCCUCUUCCCCUUGGCUCGGCCCCCUGAAGGUAAGUCCCCGUAGGGGGCCUUCUUGGAGCCACGUGUGUGAGUGAGUGGUCACACAGCAUUGUACCCAGAGUCUGUCCCCAGACAUUGCACCUGGCGCUGUUAGGCUGGAAUUAAACUGUUUUUUAUGUUUGA